AUGGUUGGAAUCAUUGCAGAUGAAGUAAAAUUUUUCAAAAAGGAUAAAUCAACUCCAAAAAAAUUACCAACAAAUCCAAAUGCUGAUAUUAAUAGUUCAACUGAAUCUAUUGGAGUUUCUAAAAUUAAAGCAUAUUUACCAAAUUAUGGGAAAUCAUGGAUUAAAGUUCCUCAUUUAUUAAGAUUGAAUUUAAUUUUAUUGAUUGUUAGUUUAACUUCAACUAAUACCGGUUAUGAUGGUUCAUUAUUGAAUGCAUUUCAAUCUAUCCCUGAUUGGGUUCAUGCCAUGGGUAAUCCAACAGGUGCUGUCCUUGGUGCCAUUGCUAAUGGUGUUGUUUUUGGUUGUGCUUUAGGUUUUCCAGUUGCACCAUGGAUUUCUGAUCGUUUAGGACGUCGUCAUGCUAUAACUGUGGGUAAUGCAAUUAUGAUUGUUGGAGCUUUAAUUCAAUCUGUUUCUGGGACUUGGUUAACUGUUGAAGGGGAAUCAAGAGAAGGUUUCACUGAGAAGAGAGCUUAUGCCAUGUUUUUAAUUGCAAGAAUUAUCUUGGGAUUUGGUAAUACUAUUGCUAUUAUUUCUUCACCUCCUUUAAUUUCUGAAUUAACUUAUCCAAGUCAUAGACAACCAAUGACUGCUUUUUUCAAUUCAAAUUGGUAUUUAGGUGCUAUAAUUGCAGCUUGGGUUAGUUAUGGUACAAGACAUGUUAAACAUAAUUGGUCAUGGAGAAUUCCUUCAAUUUUCCAAGGGUUCUUCCCAAUAUUACAAAUUUCAUUGAUUUAUUUAGUACCAGAGUCUCCAAGAUAUUUGAUUUCAAAAGGUAGAUUUGAAGAAGCUAGAGCAAUUUUAUUAAAACAUCAUGCUGGUGGUGAUGAAGUUGUUGGUGGACCUUUGGUUGAUUUUGAAAUGUCUGAAAUUGAAUUGGCUCUUGAACAAGAACGUAUUGCAAAUGAUUCUUCAUAUGCAGACUUCUUGAAAACUCCUGGUAAUAGAAAACGUUUGUUUUUAGUUAUUUUCAUUGGGUUGGUUAUGCAAUUAUCUGGUAAUGGUCUUGUUAGUUAUUAUUUGAAUUUGGUUUUAAAAUCAAUUGGUGUUGAGUCCACAGAUGAGCAAUUGGUUUUCAAUGGUGGAUUGAUGAUUUAUAACUAUGCAAUUUCAAUUGCAAUUAAUUUAUUAGUUUUCCAAAAUAUUAGAAGAAGAUUAACCAUUAUAACUGCAUUUUCAUUAAUGUUGACAUUUUAUGUUAUUUGGACCAUUUUAUCUGCUAUCAACCAACAAAGAAAUUUUGAAGAUACUAGUUUAGGUAAAGGUGUUAUGGCUAUGAUUUUCUUGUACUAUUUUGCUUAUAACUUGGGAUUAAAUGGGUUACCAUUUUUAUAUGUCACUGAAAUUACUCCAUUCAUUUUGAGAACCAGAGCUGUUAAUAUCAUGUUUUGUGUUCAACAAAUUACAUUGAUUUAUAAUGGGUUUGUUAAUCCAAUUGCUAUGGAUGCAAUUAAAUGGAGAUACUAUAUUGUUUAUUGUGUCUUGUUGUUUAUUGAAUUAAUUGUUGCAUAUUUAACUAUUGUGGAAACUUCAGGUAGAUCAUUGGAAGAAGUUGCAGAAGUAUUUGGCGAAGGAAUUGAUGAUUUCAAGCUUUCAGUUACCACAAAUAAUAAAAAAGACGGUCAUGUGUCUCAUGUUGAACAAGUUGAUACCAGAGAUGGAAGUGUUAGUGGACCAAGUUCUACCAGCGAUAAGAAUAACAUUGUUAGAGUUGAACAAGUCUGA